GCUAAAUAUGAAGAGGACCCCGAUCCUAGAACGGAUAGCAAACUGGACCACGGUACUAAUACCCCGAGAUGAGACCAGGAGAGAUUCAAUUUGAGUUUGUCGUUUCCGAUCCCGUGUCGAACCCCAAACCCGGGAAGAGCCUGCAGAUCCGGAGCCGAUGUAUGUACGGCAAGAACAAGCGUGAAGGGUCAAGGAGAACAGAGCGAGAGAAGAAGGUAUUUGCGAAAGAGAUGUCAACGAUCAUUGUGGCGCAUUCAACACCGAUCCUUCCGACCAGACCGUCACCGAGAGCUUUGAUCGAUGACUUCGUACCCAUUCGCUUCGCGGGCCGCGGCAUUGAUUCUGAGGCUCAAGCGCUUCUCUUCAAAGCUUUCGUGCGCAACUUUCUCGACCGAGAUGUUACGCCUCUCGAUCGUUGUGUCGAUCUCGACUGCCUUGAAUCCUCGUCUUUCUCGUGGCUGUUUACCGACACGGCGUUUCUGCAUUCCGUUUUGUGCGCUAGCUACGCCAUCAGCGACUUCAUGUCACCUCAGUGGAACGGCAACCCAAGUCGUAAGACCGUAUUUCAUCUCCAGAAAACGUUGUCAUUAUUACGUAUCAAAUUGCAAAACGAGUACGUGUAUCAAGAUGAGACGAUCUUACGGGUCGUCAUCAACCUCACGCUAUUGGCUGCAGUAUUUGGAGACUGGGUCGCAGCAACCGCACAUCUCGAGGCCUUGCAUAGAAUCGUGUACCUCAGAGGGGAGAUGGCGUUCCUGAGAACGAGACCGACCCUUCACUUCAAACUCGAUCGGAUUGACCUUGCAUGGUCCCUCAGCUCUGGUCGAAGACCGUACUUCGUGCAGCCCGUCAAGUCUUGGGAUUGCACAAUAGCAGCCCCAUACGCACCGCUACCCUCAAAUCUUUACCGACCAUCGGCAGACUGGGACUAUCGAGUCGUGAAUGUCUUCAAGGACUUUCAAAAUCUCGCAUUGAAGAUCAAUCGCAACAGACUCAGAUUCGUCAUUCACGAUCCCUCAAUCUUCCAGGGUGAUCUCGCGUCCCUCCAGUCACGGCUGAUAUCCCUUGCCGACAUUGUUGCCAAGCCCACCGAGAAAUUGGUCCGUCUGGUCAUGUUAGCCAUGUUGACUACCACGUUUCGUAUCCCGGGGCGUAGUAUACCUUAUGGUUGGGUAGUCGAGCAGCUGAGAGAGGCCUUCAUCACUGCGAGUAGCGAAAUUAGCUCGGAUAAGAGUCUGCUGCUCUGGAUGCUAAUCAUCACUUCCUUCACGGUAGCUAAAACGCAUGACAAGUGGAUACGGGACGCAUGGAUGGUUGUCGGAGCUGAACUGGAGUGGGCGGACGUUAAGGCACAUCUUGUGAGGGUGAUGUGGAUUGAAAUUGUGCACGAUGAGCCCGGCGAGAUGGCGUAUCAACAAUUGCAAACGUCAACAUUUGCCGCCUAAACUCCAAUCCUCCGUCCUCGUCCGACCCCGCGGCCAUUUUAUUGUCCCUCCGAAGCGAAUUUUCAAGGCCAUCGACAUCCGCCCAAGCGAAAUCGGGAACCGGCGCCCGAACGACGAGCGCGGCGCUCUCGAUAGAGCUAUACAGUGCAUUUGCUAAUGCUGCGAUCACAGCGCAGCGGACUAUCUCAGCGACCGGUCUCGCAUUAUGCGGCACUGCGUUGCAGUAUGCCACUGUUACGAUCUCCUUAUACCCAGCCAAUUGCUGACAGCUGUCAACGUUCGUAACAAGUCAAGCGCCGUAAUUACAACGGGCCCACCUGUACGGCACAGCAAGCGGCAUAGUUAUUACAGAUUACGUGACGUGCUCACUCCUUGGCAGUCAAGCAAGGCGGAACAGCACAGUACUGCUCACGACGCUCACGGCGAGCAAGUCAAGCAGCGCUCACGAUGCUCACAGUGAGCACAGUAAGCAAC